AUGUCAAUUUAACCUAGUUUUCCUGCUAUUGGGCGCAAAAUUGCUCAGUCAGAUUUGUUUGAUAUCUCAUCAGUUCAUGAUGACAAGGAGAAUCAGCAAUCUGUUGGAAAUGCAAGCUAAAGGUCAGCACUGUACGGAGACAUUGAACAGGUACCUUCUAAUGAUUCCUAAUAGAUACAGAUCAAGUCGAACAGUCCUUAUAAGAUAAUGGAUCACGAUGAGGAUGAAGCAGAUGAGAUUUCUGUGGGAUAGGGUUCAGAGAUGAUACUUGAUUUCAAGGUUGAAGGCAUGACUUGCGUUGCAUGCUCCAGAACGAUUGAAAGCGCCAUGAUAACUGAAUUCAAGCAUCUAGGGUUGAAAAGUGUUUAAAUAGCACUGCUCACUCAUAAGAUGAGAAUGGUUUUUGAUUUAGGAAAGUACCAGGAAUGUGAAAUGACACCCGAAAAAAUUUCUGAGGAGGUAAUGAUGAUAGGAUUCACUGCUGAUCUCAUUGAAAUGAUUGAGAACAACCAAGAGGAACUUUUGAGAAAAAGAAGACAGUCAAUGAGAAGCAGUGACUCCAGAUUAGAAAUUGAAAUAAACCCAAAUUAAGAAUAGAACGGGAGGAGAUCACCUAAUGUGAUUAAGACUUGCACUCUUAUUAUCUCUGGAAUGACUUGCGCUAAUUGUCAGAUAACAAUUGAGAGUCAUUUGAAAUCUCUCGAGGGAGUUCAAAGCUGUGUAGUCAAUUUACUCACUCACAAGGCCUCAAUAAAAUAUAAAUCAAAACUCAUUGGAAUAAGAACAAUUAUUGAAGAAGUUGAGGCAAUAGGAUUCGCUGCAAAAUAUGAAGCGUAAUCUGAUAAGUCUGAUAUAAGAGUAAUAGUAAAUGAAGCUGUUCGCAAAUAUGCAAUUAAGUUUUUCACCAGUUUGUUCCUUAUAAUUCCUAUAUUUGUACUUAUCUACCUUAUCCCAGUUACUAAUCCCGAUUUCAUAACUGCCCAUAAUGCAACUAAUGGUGUUCCUCUUUAUGUGUAUUUGAAUGCAUUCUUCGCAACAAUCAUUCAAGUUGUUAUGGGGUCUCAAUUCUAUGUUAGUUCCUACAAGACCUUAAAGAAUAAAUCAGCCAACAUGGAUGUGCUAAUUAUGAUGGGAACUACUUCAGCUUGGCUCUAUGGAAUAGUUAAUAUUGGGCUAGGUUAUGAUGAAGUAGAUAUGUAGGAUCCAGAUAUGUUCAGAAUGGUUAUUUAAGAACAUUCUCAUAACUUUGAAAUCUCAUCAGCACUGAUCACAAUCAUUUUACUUGGCAAAUAUCUCGAGUCUCUUUCGAAGAAGAAAACAGUGGAAAAAUUGUCUUAAUUGGCAUCACUUAAAAUAACGAAGGCGUUUAUGCUGGAUAAAAAGCCAGGAUAACUUAUCAGUCUUGACAUGCCUACAAAAGAGAUAGAAGUGGAUCUGGUCCAGGUUGAUGACUUGCUAGUGAUAUAUCCUGGCUCUGGUAUCCCUGUUGAUGGAGUGACCGUCUUUGGAAAAGGAAUAUGCAAUGAGGCUAUGCUGACAGGUGAAUCAAGGCCUAUUAAUAAGGAUAUCAACUCCAAGCUAUAUGGUGGUUCAAUUCUUAUUCAAGGGUAACUAAUCAUGAAGGUCACUAAGACUGCAGAGAACUCCUCAAUCAACUAAAUAAUUAAACUUGUCGAGAACGCUUAAAAUGCAAGAGCCCCUAUUUAAGGGUUAGCUGAUAGAAUAUCAAAGUAUUUUGUACCUCUCGUAUUACUUCUAACACUUGUAGCAUGGAUAAUUUGGUUCUCUUAUGCUUACUCUCAGGCUGGUUAUGAUAAUAUUGAAUUGCAUGGAUAAACUAGAUUUUAAUUUGCGUUUGGAUUCGGUAUAUCAACUCUUGUUAUCGCUUGCCCAUGUGCACUUGGACUUGCGACACCUACAGCUGUUAUGGUUGGUACUGGUAUUGCUGCAUCUUUUGGAGUGUUGAUCAAGGGAGGAGAUGUCCUAGAAAAAAUAUCCUCAAUAACAACCAUAGUCUUUGAUAAAACAGGUACUCUAACCUCUGGAGCACCACUGGUAAAAGAUAUUAUAUAGAUAAAAGAACACUUCAAGCUUGAGGAGGCCAUUGACGAUAAAGAUUUGAUAUUGUAUUUCACGUAUCUUGCCGAGAAAGGCAGUGAACACCCAAUAGCCAAAGCAAUUGUUUCAAAAAUCAAAACACUGAUACCUAGCAAAAUGGAUGAGUAUAAGGAUAGAUAUAGCGUAAGAGAAUUUAAGAAUAGAGAUGGUGAAGGCAUAGUAGCCAUUAUAGAUGAUAAAGAUGAGAAUAAGACGAUUGAAGUGCUGUGCGGAAACGACAAAUUGACUCAUGCAUUCAAUUCUGAAUUGAAGUAGAAUAUUGACAUGUUAGAACAGGAAGGCUUGACAGUCAUAUUAGUUAGUAUUGACAGAAUACCUCAAAUGAUACUGUCUCUCGAAGAAGCACAUUUGGCAAAAUAAGAGUCAAGAGAAGUUGUUAACUAUCUGAGAAAAGUAAUGAAACUUAGAGUUGCAAUGAUCACUGGAGACAACAAGCAUGCAGCUUUUAAAGUGGCUAGACAUCUUGGUAUUGAUAUAAACGAUGUGGUCUAUAAAGCGUAUCCCGAGGACAAAAAGAAAGCAGUUGAAAGAUUCUAGCUAGAGAGAAAAGAAAAAGUUAUGUUCGUUGGAGAUGGUAUUAACGACUCCCCUGUCCUGGCUUAAGCUGAUGUAGGAGUAGCUAUUAACUCAGGAUCAGAGAUUACCGUGAACGCUGCAGGCAUUGUGUUAAUGAAGGAUAAUCUCUAUGAUGUAAUAAACGCAAUUAGAAUCUCGAGGAGCUCAUUCAGAAGAAUUAAGAUCAACUUCGUUUGGGCCUUCUUGUAUAACAUUUUACUCAUUCCUAUCGCAAUGGGUCUGCUUUAUCCAGGCCUUAAAUUUAGACUUGAUCCAAUGCUUGCAGGAGGUGCAAUGGCUGCCAGUUCUAUAUCAGUUGUUCUCUCUUCCCUUAUGUUGAAAUUCUUCAGACCAAUUUACGCUUGGAACGAUGAUGGUAUGUCCAGAAGAAGAAAUUCAUAGGAUUUGACUUAUGACAUUCAUACAAACUCUACCUCUAGCAGUGGUGGAACUGGAGUAAAUAACUUCACUAAGGCCAGUGAAAUAGCCAGCAAGAAAUUUACUCCCUUACCAUACCUCAACGCUCAUUCAAGAUCUCAAAUUUAUUCACAAUCUUCAGUCUCAAUUAAUAAGAUAACUGAUCAUGUUUAAAUACUUUCACCUUUGAGAUAAGUAAGAUGA